GACUUAGUGCCAUUUACAGUUAAGAUCGGAAGAGAACAGACGGAUUCUAACGAGACAGAAGGGAACUACUUGUUGAGAGACAAUAUGGAACAUCUGACGUCUAAUUUAAUUCUGUUGGCGGUAAUAAUUUCGUGUGUUUUCGCAUUGGUUCCAAAAUCUAACAUGAAGUGUGAAUGUACGUGUUCGCCUAAAAACAAUCCUUCAAAAAAAUAUCUUGCUGUUGGAAAUUUUGAAGCUUCGUUUAAACCAAAGACUGAAACUGUAAUGAAUACAGAAACAAUUCCAAGUGUUCCCGAGGAGUUAUUAGAGACAUCAGCUUUCAGGAAUGUGGACUCUUUUACAAAACAGGACUCAAAGAGUCUUAAAAACAAAACAAUUAAAGAAUCAGAAUCAAAAACAAAGAAUUUACCCAUAAAACAGAAAUUACCCAUCGCAAAGAAAGUACCAAUACCGCCUGUGCCACCUGUGCUGAGCUAUUCCUCAAAUCCAAUAAUAGAAAGCACAAUAUCACCGACAACUGUGACUGUUCAACCAGAUCCUCCUAUUGACCUAGGCGUAACUCCGUCUGCUUUUCGAAAGGCACAGAGGAUGACUUUAAAAGAGUCAAAUGAACCUACAAUUAACAAAAUUUUAAAAAGCCCGACAGAUUCCAGGAAAAUUAAUCAAUUGACGAAAUCAGAAGUUAUUACACUCGAUGAUAUCAUUUUUGGUAAGGUGCCGUAUGACUUUGGUUCUAGAGGUAUUCAAAGGAAAUUCUUGACUGAAACGAAAGAAUUGGACACAAAAACUAACAAACCAACUACAAUGGAAUCCUCCAAAACAACUGUAAAUAAAACCACUUCCGCAAAAACAACCAUCACGGAAACAACUGCCUCGAAAACACCUAAAUCUACAUCAACAUCGAGUGCAACUGAAACGACUGCCUCAGAAACGACAGUUUUAGAAACAACUCCACUGGAAACAACAGCCAUCGAGAGAAGUCCGUCUAGCACAAGCCCUUCAACUGAGAUGUCAUCUUCAACAACUCCUACAACGAUCACAACUACAGAUGCACCAACGACUAUGCAGACGACAACAAAAACAAGGUCUAAUCGGGGACUUUUACCACUUUUUAGAACAGCUUACUCACCAAAGGCAAAGAAAUCAGAAAAACCAAAGACGACAAUCGCGCCAACUACUCGAAAUACCGAACCUGAAAUUAAAACAGUUACAACGACAACAAAGACAACAACGCCGUCUCCCACAACCACAACUCGAAAACAAACAAAGACAACUAGAACCCCUACCACAACAGUAAGAACAACAGUAAGACCAACAAUUAAAACUACGCAAAGACCGUCAACGAAAAAACAACCCGAAAAAACGUCUCCAAGGAAAGCGACGUACAAUGUACAACGUCCAAAAUUUGACAACUCGGCCCAAAGCAUUGGAAAGUCACUCAUUUCUCAAAGUAAAGUAAAUCCAACUUAUUCUUUCAGUGAUUCGUUCAAAAGAAACACAAUCAAAAAUCUCCUUGAUGCUUUUAAACCAAACUACAUGAAGAAAGAUCUAUACACAGUUACGCCAAAUCCACAACCAAAACGAGCUGAAGUCGUCCAACCCUAUCGUCCUCCAGCUCGUGCUUCAAGGAUGCAACUUCCAAGCGAUAUUCAGUUUGGACGGUUUGAUGAGCGAGUCGCUCGAAUUGCUCCAAGCUAUCAGGUACAUUCCCUAGGAUCUCUGUCUAGUAUGCAAGGACAACCUACAGCCAACUCUCCUGGUCAAAGCUUUGCUGUUUUGAAUUCGCCAAAAGCGCCUCAGCAAGUCGUUUAUCAAGACCGUGUACAAAGUAGUCCGGAGCGAAUGAGCUGGAAUCCUGUGCAAGAGGCGAAAAAAUGGGGAGAGCCAGUUCAAGAGGCGAAAAAAUGGGGAGAACCACAGAACUGGGCACUUUCACAACAGCAGCAGCAGCAAACCUGGAACUCACAAAACCGGCAAUCAUGGAACUCACAACAACUUCAACAACAACAACAACAACAACAAAGGAACCUCGAGCCGAAAAAGCCGGCUUUUCUUUCGCCUGGCUUCGCAAUCGCAGGAGAGGCGCCGCAAGUUCCACAAAAAAUGAAUCCUCCUUUCCCAGGCUUACAAUUACCUCCUAAAAAUCAAAGCCCUAUCGACUUCCGUGUGCAUUAGUCAAUGUUAAUAUCAACAUAUGUGUUGGUGCUUAUAUCACUAUUUAUGAACUGGUGGUUUUGUGAGGAGCUGUGACUGUGUUAUUUGUGUGAAUUCAAUAAUUUUGUGAUUUUUAUUUAUUAUUUUUAUCUUAUUUCAAUUAAACAUCCAUUUUAUACUCUUA